AUGACUUCAGAGAAGAUCGACACGGCGCCUCUUCUGCCCUCGGCUUAUUGGUCAAGCCAGCACGCCGAGACGCAAGAAAACGAUGCGCCACUGCACUCCGAGUACUUUCAACGGGCCGCCAAAUCUUCAGCCAAAUCGAGGUUGACAGUAUUUCUGGCUAUCCUUUGCUCAAUUCUAGUCCUGACGCAAGGUGGCUUCGCCUCGUGGCUCUCGCACAACGUCUCCAUUCCCGACGACCUGCGCUUCCCGCGAUGGAGGCCUGGCUGCAAUCAUCAUUCUGCUCCGUCGUCCGGAGCUUUUGACGCGGAAAAUUACCACAUAGCCUUUCGUAACAGGCAGACAUCGGCCAUUGAAGCGCUCGCUGGAACCCUGCACAACGCCAAAGCUGCUCGGCGCGACGGGGCGACUGUUGCGGCUAGCGCUUCGCCACUGGGCCUUGACGUCGAUGCGAUCAACAAGCAUUUCGAGCAGCUGUACUUGGCACAACCAAAAGCGGAGAGCGCCAGAGAGGCACUCAAGCGAUACACCAAGGUAACGCAUGUAGCGGGCACGGAUGCUGACAAGGAGUCAGCUGUGGGCCUCGUGAGCGAGUGGGGCAGCCUGCUGGGAGCUGAAGUGCCAGACGACCCAGCCAAGCUGGUAUUUGAUGCUGGUUCUCACGACGCCAUCCGAUACAUGACGUCAACGGGUCGUGAAUUUGACCGACCUCAACGAGCAGAAAUUUCGAGCAACGCACCUCACCGUCCUCUGGGUAGGCCGAGGGUGUGGGUGGACACAUACAGCUCUUGGCUGAACUACCCAGUCUCUUCAAGCCUGAACCUGCGCAAGACGGACUCUCAAGAGGCGUACUGGCAGGCCAAGCUCAAAGAGGACGAGAUCGAUGAGCUGCCGAAGCUGAACUGGGAUGUGCCUGUAUUUCAUGGCUACUCCAAGUCUGGCAUCGCCAGCGGACCCAUCGUUUACGCAGCACUUUGCACCAAGAAAGACUUUGAGGAUCUGGCUAGAAAGGGCGUCAAAGUGGAAGGUGCCAUCACGCUCUGCAGAUACGGCGGUCCCUUUAGAGGCUUAAAGGUACGCGCCAGUGCCGACAACGGUGCCGUCGGCACGCUCAUCUACAGCGACCCUGCCGAGGACAAUGGCGUCACCGAAGCGAAUGGCCACAAGCCUUACCCCGAUGGACCUGCUCGUCAACCUUCGUCUGUGCAGCGUGGCAGCGUGCAGGCUUUGUCCAUCGCACCAGGAGACCCUUCCACCAUCGGAUUCCCUUCUUACCGCAAUGCCUCGCGCGAGUCACCCGAGACUGCAGACUCGCUUCCCACCAUCCCUUCGCUGCCCAUCUCUUUUGAAGAUGCGAAAGCGCUGCUGUUGGCGGUCCAAGGCAAGGGUGUCAAGGCAGCCGAGGUAGGCGACAACUGGGUCGGACAGGUGCCGGGUGUCGAGGAGUACUGGACUGGCCCCAGCGAGGACAUCGCAUCGCUCGACAACCAAAUGACCGACAUUGAACAGGUACACGACAUCUGGAACACGUAUGCAUACAUUCCUGGACAAAUACAAGAUGAAAUCGUCAUGAUUGGCAACCAUCGCGAUGCCUGGACAUACGGUGCGGCCGAUCCGAGCAGCGGUACUGCCGCACUCCACGAAGUCGUCAAGGGUCUCGGUGCUCUCAGAGCCAAAGGAUGGGCGCCACUUCGCAGCAUCAUUGUUGCGAGCUGGGAUGCCGAAGAGUAUGGAUUAGUUGGUUCUACCGAAGCUACCGAGGAUUAUGCUCAUUUUUACCAGCAGAAAGUCGUCGCCUACCUCAACUGCGACGUGGCAGUGUCCGGUCCUGGUCUAUCUGCGGGCGCUAGUCCUUCACUUUCGGAUCUGCUGAUCAAAGCUGGUGCCGCAAUCAUAGACCCCGAUGGUGAUGGCAAGGAGACGCUCAAAGUCGAGCACCCCCGCGCUCUCGGCUCCGGAUCCGACUACACUGGCUUUUUGCAGCACCUCGGCAUUGCAUCUACCGAUCUGGGCUUCAGCGGUGGCAUAGGUGCAGCAGCUGCGAGCGAUUUUGCUUCGCCGGAAAAGGCUGUCGACAGAGGAGCCAAGUUUGCGGGGCCAGUCUACCACUAUCACUCGCGGUUCGACUCUUUCCCUUGGAUGGAAAAGUUUGGUGAUCCCACAUUCAAGCACUUUGAGGCUGCAGCCAAGCUUCUGGGCUUGUCGCUUCUAAGGCUGA